UACUGUCGCACCGGCCACAAACCAAACAUUGCGACAGGACCAAGAAGUUAAACAUCGAACAGAAUUAUAAAGAUUAUAUAUAUAUACAUCGGUUAAAACAUCGGAAAACCAUCCAUCCAUUUUCUACCGCUUGUUCCUUUCGGGGUCGCGGGGAUCUGAAACCAUGGUUUUAAUUAAAAUGUGCCCCGGUAGACCGAUGGAUUUCGACAGAACUGUUUUGGUGACUGGAGGAUCAGGAUUCAUUGGCUCCCACCUUGUGUGUGCACUGGUCCAAAGGCACCCUGACUGGAGAAUUAUUAACUUUGACAUUUUGGACUACUGCUGCAGCCCCAGGAGUCUGGAGAGCAUUGAAAACAGAGCCAACUACACUUUUAUCAAGGGGGAUCUGUGUAACUCCCAGCAGAUGAAGCACAUUUUCAACACGGAAAACAUCGAUGUCGUCUUUCACUUGGCCGCCAAAACGCACGUCUACAAAUCCUUCCAUAGCCCGUCUUCCUUCCACCAAGUGAACAUAGUUGGAACCAGGGUCUUGCUGGACGCCGCCCAUGAGGCCCGCCAUACGCUUCAGCGCUUCAUCCACGCCAGCACCGAUGAAGUAUACGGAUCAAGUCAGGAUGAGGUGUUUGAUGAGAGCAGCCCAUUGAGUCCUUCCAACCCUUAUUCUGCCACAAAGGCAGCUGCAGAUUACCUGGUCAGAUCCUACUGGGACAAAUAUAAGUUUCCUGUCAUCAUCACCAGGAGCAACAACAUCUAUGGACCACGGCAAUACAUUGAGAAGGUCAUUCCCAGGUUUGUCACCCUUUUGGUGAACGACAAGAAAUGCACCAUCGAGGGAACCAUCCCGAAGUCACGCCAUUUCCUGUACGUCGACGAUGUGGUUAACGCCUUCCUGCUGCUUAUGGAGAAAGGCGUGGAGGGAGAAGUCUACAACGUAGGGGGAAGUACGGAGAUUGGCAUAGUGCAACUGGCCAAGGAGCUUAUUAAGAUGGUGAGGAACGUGCCAGAUGUGGAGGUGAACGACUGGCUUGAGUAUGUGCCGGACAGACCCAGUGUGGACAUCCGCUACCCCAUCAGUUGUGAGAAGCUGCAGCGGUUAGGUUGGCGAGAAAACAUGUCGUGGUCUGACGGCAUUAGACAAACUGUCAUGUGGUACCAGGACCACCAGGACUUCUGGCCAGACGCAGCAGAGGACAAGCCUUACAAAUAGAGGACUCAUCUUUCCCCUCCAGCAGUCCUUCUCAAAGGGCGGGGACGUGUGUAACCUCGGGGAACCUUUUUUUUACGUACUUUGCUUCACUGUGACUAUGGGGAAAGACUGGUGUGUUUUCUUUAAUGUUAAAAAGGAUACAAUGUUAUGCAGACGUGUACUUAUAAUUAUUUUAUAGACUAUACUAUUUUUAUAUAUUUAGGUGAAGAAUGAGGGGAGAUGUACCAGCUGGGAAAGCACUUAAUGUACAGUAGGCACAGUUACACAGUACUGUAAAAUCACCUGACCAAAGCGAUGUAAACAUAACUGCACUUUAACUCCAGCUCAGGUGCCAAACUUAACAGAUUUUAAUGUAUUUCACUGCAAAUGAAGUAAAG